CCCCGGUCUAGUGAGCCACAUGCGAAGAGGCCACCGCCAACCACCACCCCUCGAAGUGAAGUGAAAACAAUUUGAAUUUGAAUUUUGAAUUCACUGUAUUUGCGCAUGAUCUUCCACUUUUACAUGAUCGAUGUUGACGACGGUUUGCUUUCGUGUUUUUUUUUUGGAAGUUCAUAUCCGUGUCGUGAUAUUUCUAUCAACCUGUUUUCGCAUAAAGAAAAAUGUGAGUGCACAAACAUUAAACAUCAACCGUUUUUCUGUCUGAAUAAAAAAGAUGAAGCUACUAAAGAUUUUUGUCGUGCCGCUGCUCCUGGCAAUGCGCACUGUUUCUGGCACGACCUUGCCUGAGGUUUGCUUGCAGCCCGGGCUGGAGCCGUUGCAGUCCUGUCUGCAGCAGGCGGCGAAGGAAGCGGUUCCGGAGCCCAUCUUCCAACUGUUCGAGUACGUGGCGGGUGCGAACGUCGUCCAGGACCAUGGUGAGGAAGCUAGCCCGCUCAUUGUUGCGUGCAUGCAAAACAUGCAAACUGUGGCUGCCUUGUUUCUUACGCUCGCGAUGCAAGUGAUGCAGGCCGGGCUGCAAACGCCGCAGCAGCAGAUUCAACAAGCCUUCGCGGAAUUCGACGCAAAACAAACACAAUUGUUCGCCAACGAGGGCUUUGACCAGAUCGAAAGUGGGGUCCGCAGCAGCGGGAUUCGCCACUCGCGGAAGCUGAGUGGGCUGUUGCAGGAGGCGCUGGAAGCCACGUCCACGCCGCGUGUAGCACCUCCGGGUCAAGGGACGCAAGACGCAGGACCACCGAGCGCUGAGGACGUUUUUUCCGGGCUGCUCUAUGCUGCGAAGAAGGUCGGGGACCGGGUGCGCUUACACGAGCAAGAACUGAUAUAUCACCGCCACAUCCGCGGCAUCCGGAUUGUCGAGGGGCUGCAGACCCCGGUGUUUGUUUUCCAUGACUUUCUCGCCGCCGACGUGCCAGCCGCAGUGCGGUUUCUGCUGGAAAAGCAAGUGAAGUUCGGUACAGCACGGCCUUCACUGGUCCAAAUCGGCGUUGGCAACGGGGACGUUCCGGUAAAUCUCCUUUCUCCACCAAAGGAUGCGGCUGGAGCCGGCGAUCCCUACUCGUUGCAGUCCAGAUUACAGUACAUUGGUGUGGAUACGUACUUCCAGUCCGAACCCGGUCCGGACGCAGGUAGUACCACGGCAGAGCAGUUGCAGCAAAAGAACAUUUACCUGGAGCAGCUGUACCAGCAGACCGCAGCGCGGCUGCAACCGCUGCAGCAGCAAAAACCUGACCUCUACUUCCUUCGCGGGCAGCACGAGGAGGCGCUGUUGUCACAACUGCCUGAUCAGUCGGUGGACCUCCUGUUCGUGAGCGAUUUGGUGGGGGAGGAGGACGUCAGCGCGAAUUUAUGGACGUCUGCGGGAACAAAUAGCACGAAGACGCGGGACAUCGAAACAAACUACAACCCAAACGCGGCACGGGACCCGUCUCAUCCCAACGCGAACGUGCAAAUUCGCGGAGAUUUCGUUUCUGACCGGCUUGCGUCACUGUACCAGCUGUGGAGCUCCAAGGUGAAAUACGGCGGCAUUAUGGCGGGCGCGGGUAUUCUUGGGAAGCAGGUAGUCGAAGCCGUGUGCGAUUUUCGCACCGCGAAUGAAGUUCACGUUACGGGCGCUGGGGUUUACUGGUGGUACGUGGAACCGCCAGAGGAGUGAAGGUGGUUCUGCAUCUUCAAAAUAGUGAUGUUUUCAAUAGGCCCUGAAGGCAAGAACACAGCCUGUUUCGCUGCCGUCGCGUGACCAGUAUGUCGGAUCGAUUUCAGCUUAAGAACAGAAAAAGUCAGUGACAACAUGAGAGACUAAAGGGAAAAACAGCUUCCAUUACGGUGAGUUCAGUUUUUUGUUUUCG